AUGAAGUCCUUGGUGAACGGACCCGAUGCCGAGAAGGCCUACCAAGGAUUCCUGGAAUUCAAGGAUGUUGUUGAAAAGAACCAGGUGGCCACGGCCAGUGCUCCUGCAGUUGUGCCUUCUGGAGACAAAAUUGGUGAAGCUGCAAAAGCCUUGUCCGAUGCAUCCUACCCUUUCAUCAAGGACAUUGAUUGGCUGUCAGACAUUUACUUGAAGCCGCUUCCCGGCAAGACUGCCCCAGAGACGCUGAAAGCCAUUGACAAGAUGAUCGUGAUGGGCGCGAAGAUGGAUGGAAACCUCUUGAAGGCUGCAGCAGAGGCACACCACAAGGCCAUUGGCAGCAUUGAUGCCACUGGUGUGACAUCUGCGGCCGACUACGAAGCUGUGAAUGCAGCCAUUGGCCGCUUGGUGGCAUCCGUGCCGAAGACAACUGUGAUGGAUGUGUACAAUUCCAUGGCCGGCGUGGUUGAUUCCAGCGUCCCCAACAACCUGUUUUCGAAGGUGAAUCCAUUGGAUGCAGUGGCUGCCGCCAAGGGUUUCUACACCUUCAAAGAUGUUGUGGAGGCUUCCCAGCCUGUGGAGAGUCUUUUCACAUGCUGCAAUCCGGUGGUUGAAUGCAUCGGCCAAAUCGCCCAAAUCCGUGAGAUGGAGCAUGUCAAUGCCAGGAAAGCUAUUGCUGUCGGAGUUGCGGUGGCUGUCGCAUGCGGUCUCCAGAAGCACUUGAAUUUCGUGCCUGGGCCUCGGCAUGCUGCUCCAGUGGCCGCAGCAGCAGCCAGCAUGAUGAUGGCUCCUGCGGCUUUUGCUGAUGAGAUCGGCGAUGCUGCAAAGAAGCUUGGGGAUGCUUUCUACUCUUUUGCCAAGGAAGUAGACUGGAACAAUGGCAUUUUCCUGCAGGCCCCUGGCAAGUUUCAGCCCUUGGAAGCUUUGAAAGCCAUUGACAAGAUGAUCGAAAUGGGGGCAGCCGCAGAUCCCAAGCUUCUGAAGGACGCAGCAGAAGCACAUCACAAGGCCAUUGGGAGCAUCAGCGGGCCAAAUGGUGUGACUUCGCGCGCUGACUGGGAUGCGGUGAAUGCAGCCAUUGGCCGUGUUGUCGCUUCGGUGCCCAAAGCAAAGGUCAUGGCCGUUUACGAUUCAGUAACAGCCAUCACGGACCCCGGAGUGCCAGCGUACAUGAAGUCCUUGGUGAACGGACCCGAUGCCGAGAAGGCCUACCAAGGAUUCCUGGAAUUCAAGGAUGUUGUUGAAAAGAACCAGGUGGCCACGGCCAGUGCUCCUGCAGUUGUGCCUUCUGGAGACAAAAUUGGUGAAGCUGCAAAAGCCUUGUCCGAUGCAUCCUACCCUUUCAUCAAGGACAUUGAUUGGCUGUCAGACAUUUACUUGAAGCCGCUUCCCGGCAAGACUGCCCCAGAGACGCUGAAAGCCAUUGACAAGAUGAUCGUGAUGGGCGCGAAGAUGGAUGGAAACCUCUUGAAGGCUGCAGCAGAGGCACACCACAAGGCCAUUGGCAGCAUUGAUGCCACUGGUGUGACAUCUGCGGCCGACUACGAAGCUGUGAAUGCAGCCAUUGGCCGCUUGGUGGCAUCCGUGCCGAAGACAACUGUGAUGGAUGUGUACAAUUCCAUGGCCGGCGUGGUUGAUUCCAGCGUCCCCAACAACCUGUUUUCGAAGGUGAAUCCAUUGGAUGCAGUGGCUGCCGCCAAGGGUUUCUACACCUUCAAAGAUGUUGUGGAGGCUUCCCAGCGCUGA